CGACCGCCAUUUUCUCGCCGCCUGCCGCUGAGGGGCGGUGCUUCCUGCCGCUUCCGCUUCCGCUGCCCUUGCUGCCGGCAGGAGGUGAAGGGACCAAGAGGCGCGAUGUGGCGGAACCUGCUGAGUAUUCGCCAGAUUUCCCAGAGGACCAUAAGCACUGCUUCGCGCAGGCCACUGGAGAACAGAGUUCCUGAGAAGCAGAAGCUCUUCCAGGAGGAUAAUGGCCUCCCCGUGUAUCUUAAAGGUGGGAUCAUGGAUGGUCUGUUGUACAGAGCCACCAUGGGUUUGACAGUUUUUGGAACGGGCUAUGUUCUUUAUGAACUGCUGAUGGCUUCAAUGCCCAAGAAGCAGAAAUGACUCCAAAAUGCCCCAAUGACUAUCAUCUCUUCGUCCAAUUCCAUGUGACCAUGAUGGCAGCUUAUAGUUACUAUAAGCAUCUGGCUUAAUGCUUGAAAUCCUAAUUUAACUGUAACAUGUUAACUGCAAUCAAUAAAGCAGUUUUUAUGUUGCUUUGA